AUGGAAAGGAUAUAUACUGCUAUUCCAGACUCUCUUGUGGACAUUAUUGCUGAGACACAUCACAGCCUUGCCCUCAAGCACUGGAAGCUCUUCGAGCAGUCGGGGGAACGAGAAGAACUCGAAACGUCCAAUGCACACAAUCGAACUGCUCUCAAGCUACGCCCUGAGGGGCAUCCCGAUCGCGCGGAAUUGUUGUGCGACCUUGCAGUUUCUCUUUGGACGCGAUACGAACGGUGGGGUCAAUCGGAAGAUUUAGAGGAAGCGAUUGAGUUGAACCGAGCCACCCUCGAGCUUCGACCCGAAGGCCAUCCUGAUCGCUCUACGUCUCUUAUCAACCUUGCAAGCUCUCUGAGCUCACGAUACGAUCGGGAUGGAAGGACAGAGAACCUUGAGGAGGUCAUCAGGCUGGAACGAACCGCCCUCGAGCUUCGACCAGAAGGCCAUCCGAAUCGCUCUACCGCUCUCAACAAUCUUGCAGGCUCUCUGUACAUUCGAUACAAGCAGCAUGGGAGGAUAGAUGACAUUGAGGAAGCCAUCGAGUUGGAACGAGCCGCCCUGGAACAUCACCCCGAAGGCCAUUCUAAUCGCUCUGCGUCUCUCAACAACCUCGCAAGCUUUUUGAAGGCUCGAUACGAGCAGCAUGGGAGGAUAGAUGACCUGGAGGAGGCCAUCGGGCUGGAACGAGCCGCCCUCGAGCUUCGACCCGAAGGCCAUCCUGAUCACUCGUUGUCUGUCGUCAAUCUCGCAAACUCUCUGCACACUCGAUACAAGCAGCGGGGAAGGGCAGAGGACCUUGAGGAAGCCAUCGAAGUGCAACGAUUCGCCCUCGAGCUUCUCCCCAAAGGACAUCCGAAACGUUCUAAGUCUCUCAUGAACCUUGCAAGCUCUCUGAGCACUCGAUUCGAACAGUAUGGAAGGAUGGAUGACCUCGAGGAGGCCAUCGGGCUGGAACGAGCAGCCCUCGAGCUUCGACCCGAAGGCCAUCCUGAUCGCUCGAUGUCUCUCAACAACAUUGCGGGCCAUCUAACUACUCGAUACAAGCAGCAGGGAAGAGUAGAGGACCUUGAAGAUGCUCUCAACCUGCAUCGCGCUACACUCGAGCUCCGACCUGAAGGCCAUCCUGAUCGUUCAUCGUCCCUCAUCAACCUUGCAAACUCUUUGAGUACUCGAUUCGGACAGUAUGGAAGGACAGAGGACCUCGAGGAGGCCAUUGAGCUGGAACGAGCCGCCCUCGAGCUUCUUCCCAAAGGUUAUCCUGAUCGCUCAUUGUCUCUCAACAACCUCGCAGGUUCUCUGUUUACUCGAUUCAAGCAGCAUGGAAGGACAGGGGACCUUGAGGAGGCUAUUGACCUGGAAAGAGCCGCCGUCGACCUUCGACCCGAAGGCCAUCCGAGGCGUUCCGCGUCAUUGCUCAACCUCGUAACAUCCCUGUGUGCUCGGAUGGAGAAGCGGUGGCAAGCGGAAGGCUCUACCCUUGUGGCUUACAAGGCGACACUGUCAAUACUUCAACACGUUCUCACUGUAAAUCCGACUCUUCAUGCGCAACAUGACUUCCUUCUGAGGAAUAGUGAUCACAGGGUACUCUCCUUGGAUGCUGCCUCCUACGUUGUAGAGAAAAGUCAAUUGGAAUUGGCAGUAGAGAUAUUGGAACAAGGGCGGGGUUUACUCUGGUCGCAGUUGCGCGGUCUUAGGCAUCCUCUCGAUCAGCUUGCGAAAACAAACGAGGACCUCGCAGACAGAUUCCGAAAUGUUAGCGCGGCAAGAUCAUGUCGGCUGGACAGUGAAUCAGGACAUAGGUCAUUUGAUGAGCUGUUGAAAUUAAAGAGGCAACUUUCCUGUGAGCAGGAGGAGGUCAUAUAUAAGAUUCGACGGAUUUCAGGGUUUGAAAAUUUCCUUGAGGCAACACCGUUCAGAGUACUGCGGCAAGUGGCAUCGGAAGGUCCGGUCAUUAUAGUCAAUCAUUGCAAAUAUAGAUGUGAUGCCCUCAUUAUCCUGUCUUGGGAUGUCUUACCAGUUGUCUGUGUUCCACUAGACGACAUGUUCUACGAGGAUAGCAUAAACCUUUGCGAUAGGUUAUUGGGAGCACGUCGAUCAUCUGGAGUGGCUUCGCGUGAUUAUAACGAAAAGCUUCGUGAAGCAAUGAAGAUGCUAUGGGAUAGGGUUGUUUCCAAAGUCGUCGAGAAGCUUGCGGAAGUUGGAAUCGCAAAAGGGUCUCGUAUCUGGUGGUGUCCUACAUCGGUGUUAUCUGCGCUUCCAUUCCAUGCAGCUGGGCCGUUCAAGGAUGAAGAUGGGAAUACGAAAUAUUUGUUAGAUGACUAUGUUUCAUCGUACACUCCGACACUCGGCGCACUCAUUAAUGCUCGAUCUAAUGGCAACUCAGUUGAACCGAAAUUGCUUAUUGUUGGCGAUACCAAGACUCUGAGUUCAACUCGACAGGAAAUUCGGAACAUCCGGAACUGCACUGGCGAGAGCAUACUUGAGCGCACAAUACUCCUCGAUAAAAAGGCAUCUCGCCGUACAGUGAUAGAAAAUCUCCAGACGGCCACAUGGAUUCAUUUCGCUUGCCACGGUCAUUUGGGCACAAAACCUUUCGACUCCUCAUUCAAACUUUCAGACCGUGGGUUGACAUUACUGGAUAUCAUCCAAGCUAAUGUUCCAAAUGCCGAGUUCGCAUUCCUCUCCGCCUGCCAUACUGCUGAGCUGUCUCAUUCCGGUGCACACGAUGAGUCGCUCCACCUAUCAGCAGCUAUGCAGUUUAGUGGGUUCCGAAGUGUAAUCGGAACAAUGUGGGAGCUGUACGAUGAAGAUGGACCUUGUGUAGCACGUGCAGUAUAUGAACACAUGAACGAAUGUGAAGAUGGCAAAGCGAGGUACAAAAUGGCGGCUGCAGGGCUUCGGAAAGCAGCUUUGGAGUUGAGGACGAGGGACUGGAUUCCGACUGAGCGAUGGGUUAAUUUCGUCCAUAUUGGUGCCUAA